UAAAUUACGGCAUCCCAUCGCACCAAGACCAGCGCCUCACGCAAGCACCUCCUAUCUCUCACAACCGAAAUGUCUACCCCAGGGUCUCAAGUCUUUCUCCUCCGCAAAUCACCAAAUGACCCCAAACUCCUCGUCAUACAUCCCGACGGGUAUCCCAUGAGCGCGCCACCUCUCUAUUCCGUCAGGGUCACGUCUAAAAAGCCCAACGUCACGCUCUCCAGGGGGUACAUGAGUCCGGAGAACAUCAUCGGCUAUGCAACUGUUCACGCCUUUUCAAGCACCAACGAGUUAUCUCUUCGCGGCCAACCCAUGUCCAUGAAACAAUCCAUGUUUGGGGAUAAAUACUCCUUCACCGUACCGCAUAUGGGAAACUUCAAAUGGAAACCGAGCAUGUUUUCAGGAUCCCACGAGCUGUAUGAUGGCUCGGGACAGAAACUGGCGAAAUUGGGCUCCGGAGGCUUAUUUUCAUCUGAGAAGAAGCUGGAGCUUAUGGUUCCAGGCGACGAUUUUUUUAUGGAUCUUGUGGUUCUCACAGCCAUCGCCGCCAAGGAGAUAACGAAAUUGGGAGAAAAGGUUGGAGAAGCCGGUGCAGAAGUUGCCGGAGCAGUGGUAGCUGCGACUUAGAGGGAGACGCGACGUCUGAGGAAUGACCAUAACUCGCAAAAUAAUUCAAUGUCUUGCUAUAGUGUACAGCUAUUGGGC